AUGUCUGCUUCCCCAGACUAUUACACAGAAGACAAGGAGAAAGCCUUUGGCUCGAUUGAAGAUGAACUUCAUCGAGUUGCGUACGCUGAGGAAGCACCAGAUCGUGUGAUCGCAAGCCGUUUCGGUGUACUUGGCCCACUUCUUUCAAGACUCUUUGCCAUUGGUGUCGAAGCUCGUGGGAUAGAGCGUAUACCGGAAGACCAGAGAGAGUCGAAAAAUGCUUGGAACAAGUCCGUUAAUGCAGUGUUGACUACCAUUCCUAUCGGGGCGCUCGGACAGUCCGCUUUCACUUUGAGUUUUGGCCAUGCUGUAGCAACUAUUUUCUGUUUUGGCGCUCUCGGCGGCAUUGCAACAGCAUUCAUUGCUACCCUCGGCCCCAUAACUGGUCUCCGCACCAUGGUUAUCACCCGUUUCAGUUCAGGAUACGUUGGUGGCACCAUUUAUUCGGUCCUCAAUAUCCUCACUCAGCUCGGCUUUUCUACAACAGCAGUCAUUCUUGGAGGUCAGACGCUCGCCAAUAUCAAUCCUGGCACCCUUCCGCUCGUCGUUGGCAUCAUCAUCAUUGGUGUGUGUUGCCUCAUCCCGUGUUUUAUCGGGUACGACAUGGUACACGUCUACGAACGCUACGCAUGGAUAAUCGCCAGUGUCAUAAUGCUUUUCCUCUGGGGUCUUGGUGGCAAAGCCGGAUAUGACAUAAACGCGCAGAAAUCUGUCGAAGACACAGGGCGUGCUCUCCCAGCAGAUAUUCUCAGCUUUGGAGGAAUCGUAUUCGGCUCAUUUUCAGGGUGGGCUCCAGUCGCUGCAGAUUAUAAUUGCCGGCUACCAGCUGAUACGCCACCUAUGCGCGUGUUCCUGCUUACAUUCUUCGGCCUGUUCAUCCCUAUCUGCUUUGUCCAGAUCCUUGGCGCAGCCCUUAUGACAAUCACAGAUCCGGCAUACAUCUUAGCAUACGCAGACGGUUCGACAGGUGGCCUAAUUGCGCAAGUUUCUCCCCUUGGGGUCACUUUGGCCAAUUCGUCCUUGUCCUUCUCGCACUUUCUGUCCGCCAAUAAUAUCCCAAAUACCUACUCCACUGGCCUGUCAAUACAAGCCCUUGGACGCCCAUUCGCCAUCAUCCCGCGCUUCUUCUGGGUUUUCAUCGCUUUCGUCGCAUAUACCGUAGCAGGGGUCGUAGGCCGCGAACACUUCAACGCCAUCCUUUCUAAUUUCCUCAGUAUUCUCAGUUACUGGACGGCUUUCUUCAUCGUGAUCGUAGCCGAGGAGCACUUUAUCUUCAGACGGAAGAACGGACCGCUUGGAGGUUACAAUUUGGAUGAUUACGAUACGCCGUCAAAGCUGCCACUAGGCAUAGCAGGUAUACUCGCAAUGUGCUUUGGAAUCGCAGGUGCUGUCGUUGGGAUGUCAGAGGUAUGGUAUACGGGACCGCUUGGGAAGAUGGCAGGAGCGGCGUACGGCGCUGAUCUUGGGUUCGAGCUCGCAGCUGCUUUCUCAGCUGUUUCUUAUCUUCCGCUGCGUGCACUUGAGAUUAAGCUCAUUGGACGAUAA